UGGCCAGUAGCCUGCUAAUUACAGGAUCCAGGUUCAAAUUUGUGUAAUAAAAGCACAGAAAAUAAAGGUAAACAGCAUGAUAAGUCCCAGUGAUGCUGGCCUCAUAGCGAGAUCAUAAAUUGCAGAAUUUGUUUUACUACAAGGAAUUACAAUCACCAUCCAACAUUCUUGCAAGCUAAAGAUUAAAACUUCCACUUGAGCUCACAUAAUAGUUUCCACAAGGAAUUUAUCUGCGAUUUGUACUGGAAACAAGACCUGUGUGUUUUAAGUAGUUGGCAGCCCACAGAGUGAACCUGUCACAUCCAUCAGCUAUUUAAAAUCAAUUCACAUGAUAAAGGACAGCUUGUGGAGUGCCUUUCCAGCUGACCACGUUGGGUUAUGGACAAGAAGCAGUCUUGUCUUGUGGGAACAAUGGCUGCAGGAGAUGUAAGCCCCCUCCGAAGACCAGGUUUACCCCACAAAAGCCUAUGUCCUUAAAUUAGAUGUACAGUCACUAUAAAUCUAAUCGCUAGAAGUAAUCAACCAAUAUCCAUACUGAGAGAUGUGGAGGCCUGGAUCUAGCUGUUGGAGAAAACUACAUUGUGAGAUAAGACAUUUAUUGAUGCUGAGGAACAACAAUGUGAGGAGCCAUUGCAACAUAAGCAAUUUAACUAUACCCUAUCUGAGAUUUCUGAGUAAAAACAGGAAUUCUUAGGACACAGAACUACUCGACAAAGACACAUUAGCGUGGCAUCUUCUGCAGCCUGUCUAAGGCUGUGUUCUCUAUAACUCAGUGAGAUGCAUAGAUGGGUCCUCCUCCAGCCCUGCUGGUGCCCAGACAGUAUCAGGCAACCCAGAGCCCUUUGCAAGCCCAUGGGCCAUUUCAAAAUCAACCACAAAGACCAUUCUCUUAGUCACCGGUUUUCAGUUUCAGGUGGUUUCCCUGUUUAAUGGCUCUGGCACUAAUAGAUUUCAAUGGCAGAUGCAAGUCUUUGGGAUGCAUUUUGAGCAAGAACCGUGAAACACUUCAUUUUGCAGAUAGGAAAACAGACUGGUUUUAAGUCAACUGGAUGUUUUUUUCUGUGUUUUGAAAGUAGUUGAGCAAAACUUUCUUACAUUAAUGCAUUUUUUCAACCAGCUCUUCCUAGAGAAGACAUUAGAAAAACAAAGUCCUCACAGAAGCUGUUAAUUUUAUUGUCAUCCAGCCUGGCAAUGCAGAGAGACAGUAAAGCCCCAGAAACAGGCAAACAAAGUCCUGGCUUCCAGCUUGGAUCUGUUUGCAGAUCUGAGGCCCUGCAACCCGAUCUUCUGGAAGAUAUCAGCAAAUCCGGCUCGCUUUCUCAUGGGAAAAAAAAAGCAUUUUCACACAACUUGCACAAACGCACUGCCCUGAGAUCUGAGAUUUUCUUUUUGAGGGUCAAAAAACAUCUUACAGCUGUGUAUUUCCUCACCUCCCUGUCGUCUCCCCCUAGUAAGAGAAAUCAUCUAUAUGACUCUCGCAAAGCAGCCUGUCUCCAGACCAACAGAACCCCUCUCUGGGUAACAUCAUGGCUGCAUUGCUGCAGGCAAGCAGCUCUGGGGCAUAGGACAGGGCUGGCCUGGGGGCUGCGGGCAUGCAGGAGGGCCGCCCGCCGUGCCUCUCCUCAGCGGGCAGCUGAGCCUGCAGCACGGGUUCUUCGCCCAGAAAGCCUGGCUUGGUUUUGUUUUUGUUAUCCUUCCAACCUUUCCUCUCUCUGCCCAGCAGCCCUUUCCCUCACUGUAAGAACAGAGGCCAAAAACGGGCCUCGGAAGCGAGCAGUAGCGGGCAAACCCCCGCACCCAAGAUGGCCGCCCGCUCCCUCACUCAAGAUGGCAGAAAGGCUGAGCGGCUGCGGGGACGAAGCCGAGGGUGGCCAUGUUGUUUUCGGGCAGGCGGGCAGGACCAUUGCGGCGGAGCAGCGGGAGAAAGGUGGUUUCUCCCAGAGGCGGUGCGAGAGGAGCGCGGCAGCCGCGACCCACGCGUGGGGCACGGUGUGGUGUGGGUGUUGUCGCUGCUCUGACAGCUUGCUAGACCCGGUGUGGGAAUUGAUUUUCCAGGUGAUUAAUGCAGGUCUGAUUGCUUAUUUGAAGGGGAGUGAAACAGAAUCAAAAUUGAUUGAGGUCCAGAGAUUUCUGCCCUGCUUUGGAUGAGGGGCUGCCUGUCACAGAUGGAGAAGAAGAAAAUUCUAAUGAAAUCCAAGGUUGCAGCUCCUAAUCUCCUGAGGGCACUUCAUUCUCUGUAUCAGUUUGGUCAUCUCUGUGACGUGACAGUGCACACGCAGCAUCUAGGAAUUCAAGAGGAGUUUCUGGUUCACAAAGCUGUCUUGGCAGCUUCCAGCAACUAUUUUAAGGGGCUUUUCCUGCAUGAUGAGAUGCUGGACACCAAGAAUUGCACAGUGACUCUGCAAGACAUUUACACAGAAGAGUUCACCUCCUUUCUGGAAUUCGUCUAUACUGCAGAAGUAGAGAUUGAAGCAGGAAAACUGCAACGAAUGAAAGAAAUAGCAGAAAGGCUUGAGUGCAAGGACUUGCUCGACAUUUGUGAAGAAGUGAGAGCAGAGGGAAAGAAGGGUUUAGAUUUGAGCCUCCAUCUGAAAGGUCAGCUGUGUGAAAAUGGUGUGCCACAGUGGCCUCGCAUCCAGCAAGAGGAGGACUGCAAACUGAGUAGCUGUUCCCAAGCAGUGGCAGUACCCAUGCAGAGGAAACUCUGGGAGAGGCAAAAGCGUAACAAGUUGCUGGCUGGUUAUGAACUCAUUGGAGGCCAACCAGCAAAUCUGGAGCAAGAGGGCACUGCUUUUCCACAAGAAAAAUCUAGGACAGCAAAGCUACCCAAAUGUGACAGAACAGAUAACAGAGGCAGACUUGGCAUGGAUGUCAUUAGUCUGGAGCAGAGGAAUACUCAUUCUCCCGUGAGUCAGACUGGGUCAAAGGAAGCCUGUGUAGUAGUUAGGGAUAUGCUGUCUGAGCAGUGGGAAGGUGGAAACAGUUUAAUUUCUGAUCUUAGCAGUAAAACCAAGCGUAGGAGAUCACUGCGGCGUGUGGCAAAAGUCUUGCCAGAGAUUGCAUGUGAGAAGUGCAAUGAAUCAUUCCACGUUAUCAAGCAGUACCAGUUGCAUAUGGAGCUCAAGCAUGGUGUUAAUCUGUCUGUCAAGUACAGCUGCAACAUGUGCGAGCAGCUCUUCUCCAGCCACCAGAACCUGAAGCAGCAUUGCCUCACUGUUCACAGUGCUGAACGGGGCUUCUCUUGCAUGUUUUGUGACAAGAGGUUUAAGCAUCAGAAGGACAGAAAUGAUCAUAUCCAGAGGGUGCACGAGAAGCAGAGGGAUCCGCAGGCAUGCCCGUACUGCGACAAGGUCAUCAGCUCCAAGUGUGGCCUGACAGUUCACAUCCGAACACACACAGGAGAGAAACCUUAUAAAUGUGAGCGCUGCCCUGCCAGCUUUGCUCAGAGGUCUGCUUACAAGACUCAUGUAAGAAAAAUCCAUGAAUCUGGGCAAGAGAGGAAACUUAUGCCAGUUUACUGGAUGGUAGUUCCACCUACUCACAGACCAAAUGCAGCGAGCUGUGACAAAGAUAGCGAUAGGGAGAUAUGGGAUGGGAUGCCAGAGGCUGUGCUAGAAAGGGGUGCAAUGCACAAAGAGUCUGCAAGUCGUGAGGAAGAGCCUGCAAGGCCAGCUGUUACACAGGCAGACUGUAGUGAACUGCAAGAAGAACGGAAGGAGAAACGUGCAGAAGCUCAAAGAGGAAUGGAAACACUGAGUGAAGAAGGGAAUGAAGCUGAAGGUGGGAAAAGUGUGAAGGGAGAGGAAGAGGGAGAUUUUGAAGCAGAGUAUUCAGAUGUUGAAGAUACUAGAGAUAAUGAUGAAGCCUUUACUGAGGAAGAUGAUGAGGAUGAUGAGUGCUCCAAUGAAAAAGCUGCUGAAGAACGUGAAUCAGCUGAAGAAUUUAAAGUAAAGAAGGUAAAUAAAAGUGGGGUGAAUAAGAAAUCCACCUAUGUAAUAAGAUGCAAUAAGUGUAACGAGCAGUUUGUUUCCCGGAAAAAGUAUGUGGAUCACUGCAGAGAUAUCCACCAGUGCUUGCCUGGGAAAGUUUAUCAGUGUGACAUCUGCAGCAAGUCGUUUGCUAGUUACAACAGCUGGAAGGAGCACCGAGCAUGCGUCCACACUGAUGAAAGGCAGUUUGCCUGCAGCCUUUGCAGUGCUACUUUUAAAAGAAAGAGAGAUGUGAGGACACAUUAUGUGCGGAAGCAUGAAGGCAGAGUCAAACGCCCUCUCUGCUCUGUCUGUGGGAAGAUCCUCAGCUCCCGAACAGCGCUAGUGUUUCACAUGCGGACACAUACAGGAGAAAAACCUUAUGAAUGUGGCAUUUGUCAUUCAAAAUUUGCUCAGCCAUCACAGCUUAAGAUCCAUACCAGAUCCCAUACAGGGGAAAAACCAUAUGUUUGUGAGGACUGUGGUGCUUGCUUUGCUGAUAAAGGCAAACUCACUGGCCACAAAAGGACACACACAGGUGAGCGUCUCUUUAAGUGUGAUGUGUGUGGAAAACAUUUUGCCACCAAUGAAUAUUUAAAAUGCCAUAAACGAUGCCACAUGGGUGCUAAGCCGUACAAGUGCGAGGUUUGUGGGAAGACGUUUGGAUUGAGAGCCUCACUAGCUCAGCACAGUAAUGUCCACGCAGAGACCCGUCCGUAUUUCUGUGAACAGUGUGGAAAAACAUUCACCCAGCAGGGCGCUCUCCGGCGCCAUCAGCGUAUUCACACUGGGGAGAAGCCCUACAAGUGCAGAGCAUGUGAGAGAAGUUUCACAGACAUGUCCACCCUGCGGAGACACGUGUCGAUUCAUGACCGAAACGCUCACUGGAGAAGCUUCUUAAUAGAUCUCACAACCAAAAAAAACCACAACUGGUCCAAAAUAGAGACAUUCUCGGGAGCCUGUAUGGGCGAAGACUCGGUACCAGAAAUUUGGUCAGUUGACCGAGGUAAACUUUAUAAACCAGAGAGCGUCGUUCUUAAACAAGUACAGCAUGUGCCACCUAGCGUUAGCAGCACAGAAGGCACCGACCGCCCCGUCCUGUGCCUGUAACGCCCGUGUCACCGGGAAGCCGUGCGGGCAGGAAGGCUUCACGAGGCGUGCUGCAGGUAUUUGGGCCGGGUAGGUUUUAGCUCUGCGUACAGCUUCAUUUUUAUUUUUA